CUUCCGUAUUUCUUUCGCUAUGCGUAUUAAUACGUCAACUCUUCUCAAACUCCUCAAAAAACCUUGCAUAUGUAGUGUCCAUGUUCUCCAGGAUGUCACUUUUUCGAGUUCCUGCAAAAAUGUAACAAUCCAGCAAUGAAAAUCUCACCUGCCGGUGCGGUACUUAUAUAUCCGAAUUUGUUAAGCUCGGUGUAGUGCAACAAAAAUGUCUACACUGCUUUUGAAUUCCAUACAUUGGUAUCAAAAGUCCGCCCUAAAUUACAUAUUAAGUAACCUAUGUUAUCCGGAAUUUAGGUAUGAUAGACACACGGUGUUAUUCACGCACCAGUUUCUUAUGUUAAACAAAAUAAUCCCCGACAUCUCGCGAUAUUAAAUUUCAAAAGCGAUAUUUUUGGGAUUAAGAAGGCAUUCUAAUAAAAGAGCUGGCAAUAGUUCACUGGGGAUUGAUAUCGGAGGCCUUGCUUAUAUGUCAACUCCAUCUCUUCAGACUCCAAACCCACAAAGGUCUGAAAAUACGGCAGAUGAAAAUUGUGUAGAUGCCAACCAAAGCCUUCGUGGUUUUCUGCUUUGUAUCUUCAGCCUGUUAUGGUUCGACGCAUGCUCUUUUGUUCCCCGUGAUAGUUGCCUUGUCCACACUGCUGAGGAAAAACUCGCGAUUCCAGUACGACAUUGAAUAACAGUAUUCAUGUGUGACGCAGUCGUACAUCUUGGUCUACUUGAAGGCCUUUUGUCACUUUUGGACAAACGCGAGAAAUACGUACUGAAUAUGUGGUCCAUUAAGAAAUUUCUCAGUCGACACUUAUCUGGUAGACCUGUGUCUAAUAGUUUACAUAAAACAGUUUUACUGUUCGUUGCGUCGUUGGAAAAAGACAGUUUGAAAAGUAAUUUUAUUUAGGAAGUGUUUAAUUACUUUGAGCCUUAGUGACCCCUGACUGGGUCGUGGAAAAUAUGAGUGUCAGAUUAGAAGUCACCAUAUCCCAAAAGUUUAGGUGGGUGGGUACGCUCUCUGCAACCAAUCUAAUGCUAGGUUUCUUAAAAGCGGGCAUAUUUUUUAUGAAUGAUAGCUUAGUGCUAGGUCCUACUUUGACUGGCGCAUUUAGUGUCGUCAGAUUACAGUCAACAAGUGGUGAGUACAGUUGCCGCAUCAUAAAUUCAGCUGCCUUCGUUUCGUCGAAAUUACUUGAAAGUGAAGAGUAAUUUUAAAAAAAACUUACCGAAUCUUCUGAGAGUUAUAUAUUUGUCAGACGAACUAUGUACAGGAUCUACCUGUGACUACAGAUUUUCGUGCUUGUUGGAGGAACUUCUACAAUCAAAUUACACCAAUAUCAGAUGAACGUAAAUCUAGGGUUUAUUUUUCUGCUGGUUUUACUUUUGGGGGCUAUGGGGGACGAUAAUACAGGCGUUAUCUUACCCUCCAAGUGUGAAGUUUGCAAGCUUCUCGUAACAGAAAUACUUAUCCGGCUCCAAGAAACAAAAUCAAGUGAUGCGCUGGACAUUGGUUCUAAUCGUGGAAAUUCAAAGAAAGUUAAAUACGACACAUCAGAAGUUAGACUUCUUGAAGUUCUAGAGGAUCCCCCAAUUUGCAAUCGACUUCUCCAGUAUAAAGUGCAUAAAGAACGACAAGAUAGUACUAGAUUUGAUAAGAGUAUGCCUCAGACAAUGAAAUCCCUCAAUGAAUUAGUAAACCGUGGUGUUGAGGUGAAAUUGGACAUCCCUUUUGAGUUAUGGGAUAAACCAUCAGCGGAAGUUACAGCCCUAUUCAAAGAGUGUAUUCCGCUUGUUAGUGAGUAUCAGGAUACUAUCGAGGAAUGGUUUUUCAAUAAUCAGAAUAAAAGUCUUUACGAUUAUCUUUGUCGGGAAAAUGUUCUUGAUAAAUCUUCUCAAGGAUGUCUGGAUGAAGGAAGGGGGAGCCAAGUGGAAACCUCAGCAGAGUUACGGGACCCAAACGAAUUGUGACUUUCUACACCUACAGCUAUUUUCUAUUUUGAUCAAAUUUCGAGUGGAUUUUUGUACAUAAUAAUUAUAGUCAUGACGAAUAUUUUCUAAAAUAUACUUUUACUCUUUUUUAUGUGAUCUAUUUUUUAUAUUACUGGUAAAAUGAAAUAGUAUUCAUAUUUGAGAAAAGUCAGCGAAAAUAAGUAGAAAUGUUGUAUCGUAAUAUACUGAUAGACUUUGGAUCCACAAAAAGGUAUAAGUAUUAGCUAUGAAUACCAGUAGUACGCUGAAGAAACUAUGGUAAUUAAAAGGAUACUGAUGAUUGUGACCUUCCGAUUCAUACUGUU